UCAAAAUCGUCGUUCCCUUUCAUGAAACUUCCACUCUCGAUCCGGAAGCGCAUCUACAUCCACCUCCUCACCGUGCCGGGUCUAAUCUGCGUCCGGCAGAACCACACGUCCUACCACAACGAGGAGAAGGCUUUUCUCUACGCCGAGGAACGCCAGCUACUCCCAGGCAUCGCGUACGCACUGCCGCAGCUCGUGGUCGGAGGCUUCAAGACGAGGUUCGCACGGCUGGGAGGGAAUGUUGGGGUGCUGAGGGUGUGUAAGGAGGUUGCGCGGGAGGCGAGGCGUGUGCUGUACGGCUCCAAUACCUUCGAAAUCAUCUGCCCAGCCCUCGAACGCUCUCCUCCGCCCGACUUCAAGAUCCCGCUCUUCCCACGCGGCUGCGCGCGUCGAGUGCGCCAUCUCAGCAUCCGCGUGCGCGCUUUGUAUGCGCUUCGUUGGCUUCUUGCCGGAGGCUACGCCUCCCUCAAAGAUGCGUAUGACAACCUGGAACAACUAGAUGUCGUUUUUGAGAUGGAGGAUGGCGUCAAAGGAGCUGCGAAGGGGCUGGGAAAGAGGGAGGGCGAUGAGUGGGCUGCUUACGUCACACGCCUGCACACGCACCUCGUCACUACGCUCUUUGAAUCCCCGCACCAGAACCAACACCGUCUCCCCACUUGGAUCCACCUGCGUGUCCUCUUCGAUGGCGAUGCCUAC